AUGGAACGGACCAAAGAUUCCGAUGCUGGCGAACUGAUGUUGGAGAGCAUCCUCUGCAAGCUGGGCAGAAAAAAAUGGGCGGGCCUGGCCAUCCAAGCACCACGAAGCCACGUGAUGCCGAUAGACGGCGUGGCCAUGGACCUGGUGGUGUGCCUUGACCGCAGCAAGUCAAUGGGCCGCUACUGGCCCAUCGUCAUCGAAACGCUCAACAAGGGCGUCACGAAGCUCACAGCGCGAGAUCGGCUGGGCAUUCGCACCUUUGCCGGACAGCGGCACUCCCAGUCGGUCCUGGAACUGACCGAGAUGAGCAAGGAGGGCCAGGACAAAGCGCUGGAGGCGAUCAGGAGCAUCCCCAAGCCGUCCUCGGGCCACACCAACCUGGGCGCGGCGCUGGAGGAGGGCCUCGACGAGCUGCUGCAGAACCUGACCACCGACCCCAACCAGCCCGAGCGAGCCGUGCGCCUUCUCCUGUACACGGACGGCAAGCCCACGGUCGGCAUUAGGCGGUGCGUAGCCCACCACCACUACCUGGGCCAGAUCCAGAUGGUCAGGGUGGUGCCUCACACGUUCGUGAAUGCGCUCAGGUUGGCCGAGCUGUUGGAAGUGCGGGAGCAGAAGAUGACCAAGCUCGGACCCAGCGCCAAAGUCGCCGUGUUUGCCUACGGCGAGAACCACGACGUCAAAGUGCUCAAGUCCAUCUGCAACAACUACUCGUCGCUCUACUUCGCUGUGACCGAUCAGAACAUCGUGUUGUGCUUGGGCGAGUUCUACGGCGGCACGCGCACGACGUUCUUCCGCGACCUCGUCCUCAGUGUGCGGGGUCCACGCGACUGCGAGGUACGCACGACCUUCCACUGCAAGAGCCUCAGCUUGCCGCAAGCCGACGUGCGCAAGUGGGAGAUACACAUUCCCGACAUGCAGUCCAGUGAGAGAAGGAACGUGAUCAUCAAGAUCCCCGAAAGCGUGCGAGGCGGCGAGGUGCACUUUGGUCUGCAGUACUACAGCAUCGUGACCAAGAGCGUGGUGACCCUAUCGCGCACCCUGGACAUCGUGCGCGACGUCUCGUUCGACGACGGGACCAAGAUCACCAUGGAUGAACAGAGAAACCGGAUGAGUUCCAUCAACGUCUUGCGACAGGCCAUUGCAAGCGCGGCGGUGCACGAUUGGGAGGAGGCCCAGACCCUGGUCGCCAAGCAGAGGCGGCGGAUCGACCACUCCAUUGCCAGGAAUGCACCGCUCACACGACAGAUGAGCAGACAGCUGGAGCACUACCGCGAGACGUUCCGACGCCGGGGUAGGCAGCAGGCCGCUUCCGGCUACACACCGCCGGUGCGCAUCGGCUUCCGGGAAGAGGCCGAGAUGUCCGCCUUUUGUACGCCUCCCCCCCCCAUAAAUUAA